AUGACAACACCUCAACCAGACGGGUACCCGCCGCGGAAGCGCCGUCGUCUUUCGGCCCGGCCCUCUAGCAGUCACCAUGACGUUGCAAGCCUGUUACCCAACAGUCAAGGAUCACAAGCAGGGCCUCAAGCCGUCCCCCCGCCUCCCCUUCAGCUCGACUGCUCCACGCCCUCGCCAAUCAGCUACCAAUACCAUGCCAACAUUAUGGACACGAUUGUCACAUUCGCAGCGCCUCAAACACUGUUGGCGCUUCGCGCCACCUGCCACGACCUUCGCAUCUCCGUGGAGAGGUCACUCUUCGGCAUGGUAGUCGAGGGGCAUGCGGUUGCGUGCUGCGGUGGCUGGCGUGGCAGCUUCUACGGCGUUAGUUCGCGUACCUUGUCGCUCCUCUACAGCAUGUCAAAGGCGGCAUCAUUGCUUGGACCUGUCGCUGUCCUGCCUACAACUACCAGCACGCUGUCAAAGGUGACGAUUACAGUCAACGGGGAGCACCUCUCCAACCUCCUCAUCCCCUUCAGGUUUCGCAUCCUCGAGGUUGUCGUUUUGAAGGCGCCACCACACCAACAGACCCCCGUCUACAUCCCGAAGGUCACCGAGGUCGACGUUAUCCACUGGCCGGUCGACUGGACAGGUGUCAACCUCAAAGCCGGUCCCCACAUUUGGCCAUUGACGCGCCCGAUCUUGCGUGGCGGAACAGAUGCCGACUACGUUGCCUAUAUCCGAAGAUUCCGAAACAACCGCCCUACGCUUUCUCAGAUCACCAUGAUUCUCCAAGGGCCGGCUGUGGACGGUACGCCCGAGCAGUUGAAUUCGAUUGUUAAUCGUACCUUUUACCCGCUCAUAUAUCAAUCCGUGCGCUUCUCCAGGCUGGUUGUAGUUGGACUGGACAGCAUGUUCCACACCGCAGGUCGAGAAACCAUCCUUUGGCUUAAACACAUGAUCUGGCACAACCUGUUUCGAGCCCUGCGACGCAUGGGUGAGAUGCCUCGCCGCGUCACAAUCCACUUCAUUUCAAAGGCCGAGUGGUACGCCCGCUUGAUGCCCAUCAAUCCGCGCCCCGAACCGCGUCCUCCUCCUGCGCUAGAGACGUUGAUGGGCAGGCUCUCGCUCGUCGAUUAG